AUGGCGUCGUCGUGUUCUACUGGAGGCCGAGGCCGAGGCCGUGGUCGAGCUUCGACACGAAAAAUAGAUGAAAUACCUUCUCCAUCAAUAAUUACACCUUCUCCAUCAGUAAUUACACCUUCUCCAUCGAUUGUUACACCUUCUUCAGAGCAUGAUUCUGCAGCAAGUGAUGAUAACUCUUCAUCGAAAUCGCAACCAGUUUUACCUAUUGGUGGGAGUCGUGGUCGUGGUUUUCGUCGAAAACAGAAGCAAAUGGUACCUAACGACCCUCAUCAUCUCGAUUCAACGCUGACUGUGGAUACCUUACAGCCAAGCAUUCAAUCGAUAAAGUCUGCUGAGUCUGGUACAAUUGGUGAUCCAAUUGAAGUGAUGGGCGUCACUGAACUAAUUCAAUGCCCAAAUUCAUCGAAUCAAAUGGAAGAAUUCAAGUUCACCAUCAAACUAGUCGGCGAUCCGAUUGAUUUUAGUUUGCUUCGUUCACCGAAUGCCUUUCUUACUGCACAUCGAGAUCUUACACAAGUCAAACAAGCACUAUCGAUUGCAUUACACGAGCAUUGCUCUUCCCAUGCGGAAUUCGUCUAUAAUCGAUUGUUUUAUGCUCAACCAACAGUAGAAUAUCAAUAUGGCUAUUGGGAUCUCGGUAUGGGCAAAGCUUUAUGGCGUGGUUUCUAUUCAUGUCUCAGAUUUGCCAAUGGUGCUUACAAACUUUUAACUAACCUUGAUGUGAACUAUUCCAUUUUUAUGAAAAAGCAGCCAUUUCUAGACUUUUUAUGUGAAGUAAUGCUUGAUAGUCCAUGUGGCAAAAGAAAAUAUGGUCGACAGAGGAAUAUUCGGAAAGCUGAUCUUAACGAUGUAGUUCAGUUCUUGGAUAGUAAUAGUAAUCGCACUUAUUACGAGGGCGAAGUGGAGUUUUUAUUGAAACACUGUAAAAAUCUUCAUAUACGCUGGAAUGAUACGACUGCUUCAAGGAUUUUUACCAUUCAAAACUUGGGCAAGCCAGCAUCGGAUCAAACCUUUGAAUGGAAACAACGUGGCAAUCGAACUGUCACCGUACAACAAUAUCACAAGGAACGAUACGGCCAAAAUUUAAAAUAUCCCUCAUUACCAGUACUCCAAUUGGACAAAAAGUUUUUCAAAGAUAUAGAAAAUAUCGAUGUCGAGCCAGUACGAAUAAAAAGAAUCACUGAUGAGCAACGGAUUCGUCUUAGUAAAUAUUCAAUAUUGAAACCUUCUGAACGUUGUCAAGCUAUCGAACAAGUUCGUCAUAAUACGAAUCAACAAUGCUUUGAGAAUGAUCUCUUUGUCCGCUUCUGGAAUCUACGUAUCCAUCCAAAGAUGACUAUUGAACCAGCUCGUAUUUUGCCUAAGCCUGAAGUUGUUUAUGGCAAUAAAGAUCAAGCGAAGGCCGAAGGAGUUCAACUAUCGGAUAAACGUCAAACUCGAUUUCACACACCAACUCAAUUUCCUACUGUAUGGGCAAUGAUCAACUUGUCAUCGAACAUGGACGAACAAUCGUGUGAAAUGUUUUAUAUUCAACUUAGAAAUCUAGGUCACGUGCAAGGUAUGAAAAUUCCGCCACCGGAAAUCUACGAAGAACUAGGUAGUCGCCGACAAUCAACGGAUGCGGCAGUCAAUCUAUUGAAACAGAUGAGCCAAUCAAAUCAUGAUUGUGAAUUUAUUCUCGUUAUUCUACCUGAUAGCACUUGGAAAGACGAAUCACCUUACGGUGAUCUAAAGGCAAUGCUAAAACCAGAUGAAAUUCAAAUGUUGACUUAUGCCCUAUGCUUUACUUAUGCUCGUUGGAAUCGAUCCAUAUCAAUUCCAGCACCCUUAAAAUAUGCCACUCUACUUGCCCAACGUGCCGGUUUAUAUGUUAAAAGUAAUGAUAAAUUAGACAAGAAGUCUACUUCAUCUUCAACAAGACAAGCAACACCUGAGAAUACUGAAGAACACCGGAAUAUUGUCAGUACACGUAUUCCGCUCAGUUCGAAACUAGUUGCAGACUGUCCAUUUUUUAUCUGA